AACUUUUCUUCAUGGCGCUUGAGUUACUUUGCAACUACAUAAACACUUUGAGCUUCUACAUUAUCUUGAAGAUAUAGAUGUAUUCAGAAUUUCUUCCUUUUUCUUCUUCUGCGGGCGACUAUAGCACCAAUCAAAGCAACAAUAACCUUCUCAUCCGAUCAUGCCAUCUUGCACAUUGUGAAGUGAACUGUCACCCUGAGACGCGUGGCGACGUGUUACCUUGGUUUGAAAUCACCGUGCCACUCGUCACUUGCCACUUGCCACAUGCCAUUUGCCACGUGCAACGUGCCACCUUGGUGUGAAAGCGGCCAACAAGCUCCAGUGGAAGUUAGCGUGUUUUUAAGUGACGAAGGAGGUCAUGGAGGAGCAAGAGAGGUCAACACAGGUCAUCACCGUCACCACAAACCUCCACCAGUUGCUUCCAUCAUCCACCACACCUGCGCACUCCACUUCUGUAACCUACACAUGUGUCCACUCCGCCCCUGCCUCCACGUUUGCUCUGACCUCCUCUCCCUCCUCCUCUCCCUCCUCCUCCUCUCCUCCUCCUUUCCCUCCUCCUCCUCCUUUCCCUCCUCCUCCUCCUCCUCCUCCUCCUCCUCCUCCUCCUCCUCCUCCUCCUCCUCCAUCGUCAUCUAUUCUCUCGUGGUUUGUGAAGCAGGGAAGUCACAGUUGGAUCUUCCCUUCCCUGUCAAAAUGCAGGUGGUGGAGUCCCUGAAGGAGAGGUACCCUGAGGUGUUCCAGGGCCACGUGUUGUCCCUGGGCCCUGGAAACACUGCCUACAGCCUGGGACAACUCACCUACGCCCUCAGUACUAAGUUUUUGGUGGACGAAGUGGAAGAACACGGAUGGGGGAGAACCUUUGCUGUGGAGAUGAGGAAGGAAGGGGAGGUGCCUGUGGAGGAUGUGGUGGAGGUGGUGCGUCGCCCUCCUCCACCCAGCACCACCACCACCACCGCUGCUACCUAUAUCAUCAAGGUCCUUGAGGCGAUCCUGCACUACAGUCUGUCACUUCAUAUGAACAGGAGAGCAGGAGUGUUUAUCCCACGCACCCCAGCCUGUCCUGCUAUCCCCAUUACCCACAGCAGGGAGGUUCUCAUGGGUUACAAGGCCUGCUUCACUCCUGCUUCCUCCCUCAUGCUUUCCUUAGAUGUGUGCCAGCCAGUGUUGACCAAAGCAGUACCUCUUCUGGACUUCCUUCGUGGUGAUCUGGGCUGGCAGGAUACUCAUCUCCACAGCCCACUCACCAAACACUCUCGCUAUCAACUUUCUCUGCUUCUUCGUGACCUCAAGGUUAGGGUGACACACAGCAGGGUGCGGCGGGUGUACAGGGUGGUGGAGGUGGCGGCGAAGGGUGCAGACUCCAUUCUUGUGUACCUCCACAACCAACACUCCGCCUCCACAUCGCGCUGGACGGUGGAACAAUACUUUCUCCACUUCUACGGCUUGCCACUCCACUAUCCUCGGCUCAAUUGUGUCCACGUGGCGCCAAAACAUCGACUUAUCUUUCUGCCCUUUGAGGUGUGCGAACUGGUGGAAGGGCAGAGGGUGGAAGGUCAGGAUGGAAGGUCACUAGAGAGGAACCUUAAAUAUGACCCCCAGUGUGACCCCCAGUGUGACCCCAAGUGUGACCACCAGUGUAACCCCCAGUGUGACCCCUUUAAAGACCGCUACUGGGACCUGGGACCCGAGGAGAGGCAGCGUCACAUCUCAGCCCUGGUCAGGUCACCCAUACUCGCUCUUGACCCUGCCUUGACCCGACUUGGCCUCAGAAUCGAGCAGAAGGCAGUGGAGGUGUGUGGCAGAGUGCUUCCCCCACCCACCCUGCUGGCCAGUCACCGCGUGGUUCCUGAGGGAGGGAGGUGGCGGCUGGGGCAGGGUGUGGGUCUGUACAAGCCAGCAACACUUCACACUUGGUCUCUGGUUCAGUAUGAUGUACAGGGUUUGAAGAGGAAUAAUUUGCAUGAAAGAUUCCUGCAGCAACUGAAGGACGUGGGCAGGACUCUGGGGAUGGAGGUGAGGCAGCCGUCCGUGGAUGUUGUUCGGAAGGUCACCAAGCCCCUCGAUGACCUGGUGGCCCUCCUGCGCUACUACCCUUACUCCCAGCUGACCCUGUUCCUCAUGCGACCUGGUGUGCAGUACCUCCAUGAGGACACCAAGCAGGCCGGGAACUUCAUCUUAGAGCAUGUCACUCAGUGUGUGGCGCCGGAAACCUACAAGGACAAGGUGGAGGACGACAAGGUGAUGUGCUCCCUCCUUCUCCAGAUGAAUGCCAAGUGUGGUGGUGUGAAUGUGGCUCUUGACUGGCCUGCCCUUCUGCCUGCCGCCUCUGUGAUGUCCAAGCCAGUGCUGGUGGUGGGGGCUGCUAUGAAUGGUCACCCCAAGAGCUUCCCCCGCUCAGCCUACAUAGCGGCCAUGGUGGGGAUGAUGGCCAUGGAGGGAGGGCCUUGUGUCACGCUGGUCCACCCACAACACCGUCAACACAACAUCGCCAAUACCGCGUCUAAUUUUGAACGACUACUUCUGAGGUACUAUGAGAUGAACCACACCAAGCCUCAGUCGCUGCUGGUGUAUCGCCUUGACCUGCCGCAGGAGGAGGUGGAGCGCGUCACUUCCUGGGAGGCUGCGGAGAUCAGGAGGGCGUGUAGAGCUAUGCAGAGUGAUGGGGAGUACCGGCCGCCCCUGACCUAUGUGUGGGUAUCGCGUUCCCACCACACAAGGUUGUUCCAGGGCCCAGGUGGAGGUGCCGGCAAUGUUCCGCCCGGCACUGUGGUGGAGGGCGGCAUCAUCCAUCCAUCCACCAGGGGCUUCUUCCUUCUCUCUCAUCUGGUAGUGGUGAGUGAGAGUGGCACCAGCAAACCCACCAAGUACCACGUGGUGUGUGACGACAACCAGCUGUGUCUCCGGGACCUGCAGACUGUUACCUAUGGCUUGUGUCACCUCCACGCCAGCUGCUCCCACACUGUCUCUCUCCCUGCGCCGGUUGCUUAUGCUCGCCAGGCUGCAAGAUUUGCCCGGGAGAUUGCGUCACGGCAGGAGAGUCACGUGGCACUACUGGAUGAAUUCUAUGACCCAGUGCCUCUCAUCAACCUGACCUCCACCAUGGACCACUACAACAAACUGCACACUAAGCUCUACUAUUUGUAAACACACACACAGUUGGAG